AUGUCCGAGUCAACAUCCAACCCGCAAGUCGUCGAAGGGACCGUCUCGUUCAAACACCCUUCGCUCCCAAAGCCGUGUGAGACAUGGUACAAGGUCGUUGGCGACCUCAAGUCAUCCGCCAGCGGACGCCCGCUGGUGACUGUCCAUGGCGGACCAGGCAUGGCGCACAACUAUCUCCUGAAUCUGACGGGUCUUCACACCAAGCACAACAUCCCGGUCAUCUUCUACGACCAAGUCGGCACGGGGCGGUCAACACACAUCCGCGAGAAGCGGCUCGACACCUCAUUCUGGACGCCUCAACUCUUCAUCGCGGAGCUCGACAAUCUGGUGGAACACCUCGGCAUAUCCUCCGACUUCGACCUGCUCGGCCAGUCAUGGGGUGGAAUGCUCGGCUCCAUGUUUGCCAUUCGUGGUCAUCCGGGACUCAAGCGCCUCAUCAUCUCCAAUUCACCGGCCAGCAUGCCCCUGUGGAUUGAGAGCUGCAACGCAUGGCGCGCCGAACUUCCACGGGAGAUUGACGACGCACUGCAGAAACACGAGGACAACAAAACCUACGAUGACCCUGAAUAUCAAGCGGCCGUGGAAUACUUUUACAAGAGGCACCUAUGUCGAGUGUCUCCGUUUCCGAAAGACCUCACCGACACCAUCGCUUGGGUCGAAAAGGACGACACGGUAUACAUGACCAUGAAUGGACCCAGUGAGUUCACGGUCGUGGGCAGUCUCAAGACAUGGAGUGUCGUCGAUGAGGUGCACAAGAUAAAUAUACCGACGUUGGUCUUGAAUGCCGAGUUUGACGAGGCGAGAGAUAGCUGCGUAUACCCCUAUUUCUCCAACAUUCCAAAGGUCAAAUGGUAUACCUUCCCCGGCGCAAGUCAUUGCACAAAUCUGGAGAUCCCAGAAAAAUAUAUUGAGGUGGUUUCCGAGUUUCUCCUUUCGAAAGCAAAGUGA